CGGGGAAACGGCGCGGGGCCGGCGGCGCUUGGUCAGCCUCGCGGGGUGCGCCGCGGCCUCCGGGGCGUCCGAGAGGAGCUGCCACGUGGGCGGCGGGGCCGCGUGGCUGCGUCCCGGGGUCGGCAUCGAGGGGCGGGGGAGCGUGGCUUGCGGCCGGCCGGCGACCAGACGUGUCUCCCAGGAGCCGUUCAGCAGCGGGGCUGCAGGGCACCCGCGAGCGCCAAGCCUGAGCCGGCAACCCAGCAUGAGCGACUUUCCCUGUAAAAAACGUGAUGACUAUUUGGAAUGGCCUGAGUAUUUCAUGGCAGUGGCCUUCUUAUCAGCACAGAGGAGCAAAGACCCAAAUUCCCAGGUCGGAGCCUGCAUCGUGAAUGCAGAAAACAAGAUUGUGGGCAUUGGGUACAAUGGAAUGCCAAAUGGAUGUAGUGAUGACCUCUUGCCUUGGAGGAGGACAGCGGAGAGUAUACUGGACACCAAAUACCCUUACGUGUGCCACGCCGAGCUGAAUGCCAUUAUGAACAAAAACUCAGCAGAUGUGAAAGGCUGUACCAUGUAUGUCGCCUUGUUCCCGUGUAAUGAAUGCGCUAAGCUCAUCAUCCAGGCAGGGAUAAAAGAAGUUAUUUUCAUGUCUGAUAAAUACCACGACAGCAACGAGACAACAGCCGCGAGGCUCAUGUUUGAAAUGGCCGGGGUUUCCUUCAGGAAAUUCACACCAAAGUGCAGCCAGAUUGUCAUUGACUUUGAUUCAAUUAACAGCAGACCGAGUCAGAAGCUCCAGUGAGUUACAGCUCCUUAAAUCUCCAGAAGAUUGGGAUUAUCCUCUUCUAAGAAGCCGCUAAUGCCUUUCAUCUUAAAGUUACACGUAACUUUUUAAUAGCCAGGAUGGCACCAGUCGACAUCUAAAGAAUGUAAAAGCUCAAAUCUUCCUGACUCCGUCUCCUGUCACGUGGAAUCUGCAUCCGUUGAAACUAUCGAUUUAGGGUUUAAGAUAAAGGAGCUGUGGGUGCGCGCGGGGCUGGAGCGGCACCUCCCCUCCCGUCCCCUGGUU